CCCUGUCUCUUUUCUCUCAUAAUUUACCCUAAAUCCCAAGCAGCAUUUUUAUAUUUACCUUAAAUCCAAAGCGGCGUUUUCCCUUUCGAGCACAAACAGUCAUGGACGGCGGCCUCGUGUCUCCACUUUUGCAAAUCCACCAGCCAGAGCCAAACAGGAGCAAGGUUGUUGAAUCGGAGGCUGUUGAACUUAUUGGGAGCAAGCCUGUUGAAUCACAGGCUGUUGAAUCGGAGGCUGUUGAACCUAUUGGGGGCAAGGCUGAUGAAUUGGAGGCUGAUGAAUCAGAUACUGAUGUAUCAUUGUUUGAUGAAUCUGAUACUGAUGAAUCGGAUACUGAAAAACUUAUUGGUCGUGAAUGUGAGUAUUGUUUAAAGGUGGGUGUUCACUUUACCCAAACAUGCCCUUACAAGUAUCAUGUCCCAAAGAACGCAAUUGUUAGCAGGAGGUGUGUGGUAGUUUGUAAUUUUUGUGGUUGCCUCUUUAGAGACUCAUGUUGUGGCAGUUGUGGCCUAAGCGAUGGAUGUGCAGUUCUCAUGGAUUGUUUACAUUGUGGGAAGAUAGCUGCACCGGCUUCCGUUUUGGGUUCCCAAGGAGGCAGUCGCUGGUGAGGGGUCUAUCUUAACGCUAUGUGGUACCAAGAGGGAAUCAGAAGCGUGUAGAAACUUGUGUUAGGCAUCUGAUUGUUCGUGGCAUGGCUUUUUCUGGUAAGCGUAGUUUUUGUAUCGAGGAUUUUGUUGACAAGACGGAGGAGACCAGCCUCGAGGGGUCUCCAAGGUCUCCCUAAUAAUUCUCAUAUGGAACGUUCGU